AUGGAGCCGUCGCCGCUGACCCAGGUGUCUCGCCCAGACACGUUCCAGCCCAAAAUCGUCAAGCUUUACGAGGCUCUGUUCCAGCUCCCCAAUGCUGACGAGGACCACGACUAUGAACAAUCCGAGGGCUUCUGGCAGGAGUUCUUCCUGCUCAAGCCGGACCCCCCGAGCUUGCGACGCGUCUUGCAGGGCCUGAAUGCCGACCAGAUGCUGCACCUCCAGGUUCCCGCGCAGCAGCUCUUCUUGCGCGCAAUUGAUCGUGUGCAAGCUGCCAAAGCUCCGUCCGACGAGAUCGCGCUCGAUACUUUGACAGUCUUCUUAGGCGCCGUGCUGAGCAAGAAGUACACCAAUCCGAGCUCCGAUAUCCUCUCCGUGCUCGCCGGCCUCGAUGACGCCGAUGCCGUCCUUACCGACCUGGUGGCUGCCUUGGAUAAUAUCAUUCGAAGCGGACGGAAUAUACAAAUCCGCAGGAAGGCCAUCCGUGUGGCUCUUUCCAUUACUUCAGGAGCGUAUUCGACUGGCCUGAUUUCGUACUUCACACAUCGCGAUCUAUUCCCAUCAUUGAUGAAGUUUGUUCAAGACUCUGAGCUGUCGGGCGAGAUCUCCGAACCAUUCAUUCUCUUGGGACUCCUAGCCAACUACAACAAGUUCGAAUUCCAGAACCCCUACCGGCUGCGCCUUGACGACUUCGUCAAUGAUGUGGCUAUCAAGAAGACAGUUCAAUGCGUGGGAAACACUUGCCGCGACCUGAGGGACAGAUACGUUGCUGUACAGGAUGAUACCCCUGAGGCUUGGUCAAUUGGAACUGCUCUCAGCUAUGUGGGCUUGGGUGCCCUGACUGGAUCUCGUCCUGCGUCACCCGCCCCCUCUCCGGAAGAGGCACAGUCUCUGUUCACUACCUUGCCUGGUCCGGAUGCCGCCAUUCUCCUUUCCGCCUAUGACUUCGCAAACGCAAACAAACUGUUCUGCUUCAACCUGAUCAACUUACCGGCUGCGAGCAAGACGGACAUUACUCCUUUCAGCGCUUUUCUUUCUCUCACGUCUUAUCUCUUUCAGCAUGCCCAUCGUUCGGCAAGAACGGCUCUCUAUUCUCACGUGAAUCUCUACAUUCUGCAGAUUGUCAUUGAAGAUCCCGCGCUUGCGAAGCGGAUAUGCAGCGAAGAAAGCAAAACUCCGGUCAGGCUCUGCAGGCAGAGACAGCCCUAUCUGCCUGUUGUGCGGACAGAUAGGGUCCUGGCAGCGUACAUUCUGGACAUCGUGAUUGAUGGCAUUAACCACAACCUUCGGCGUCGCCUUGACACCGAGUACUACAUUCUCUGUUUGGGAGUCAUACUACGCAUCAUCUCUUUCCUGGCCAGAUCCCGGAUACGAUUUGUCUACCACUGGUCCGAGUUGUGGCGAUCGCUUCUUUCGUUCAUCCGGUUCCUAACCACAUACGCCAACGACAUCAAGUCGCUCCGUGAAUCCAGUCGCCUGAUCGACGAUACGGUGAACCUCAUUGCCCUCUCCCUAUCUGCCGGAGAGUCUUUCCUCCCUGAUGCGGCAGCAUACGACGACCUCUUCUACAAGCUGGUCGAAACGGGCGACAUCCUCACCAAGUUCCGCGAUGCAUACGAACUUUCCAAGCAGUCUAGCUCGAACUCGAUCGAGACCUUGGUUAGCGUAUCGAAGCACUACCACGCGCUGCUGGAAGGCGAUGAGAAGGGCAAGGUCAAGAGCAAGAACCUUAGCCCGAGAGAGGUUAGUAAGGUCAUCAAGCAAGGCUAUGAGACCCUUUCCAUCCAGGCCAGAGAGGACCUGGACCACUGGGAGAGGUACCGUGAGGCAGACCACAAGGUCCUGCUCAAGAAGGUCUCUAGGGCAGCGGUGGAGGAUGCUAAGAUGUUGGUUGCCGAAAAGUGA